AUGUGGGCCGUUGGGGGACUCAAUUCCGGUCCGGCCCAUAUGACACCGAACCAACCAACAAACGUAAAAGAGGGUUCCUUCGAUCGAUCGCAUCCGGAGUGCAGCAGCGGCAUGGCCGGCGACGACCAGGCGGAGGACGCGAGGAGGGAGGCGGCAUUGGCCUGUACACCGCUCUUCCAACCCAACUUCAGGCCUUCCAAGGCCACGCAAGCACAGCUCGACAAGCUCAAGGAAUUACACAAGAAGCGCUUGCAACUCAAAGAAAAAGAAGAGGUGACGAGAUUGAAAGGGAGCUCUCAGAGGCGCGGAAAGAUAUGUGAGGAGGACACUGAUGUCAAGAACAGCACAAAUUCUUCAGCAAGUAGUGCUGAUGGCAGUUCAAGUGUUUCUCCAUUAGAGCAAAGGUCUGGUUUGGAUCAGAGAGCUCCCACUUUGGUGUCAAAUAAAAGAAGAAAGUUACACUGGGGCCUUGAUGCAAAGGAAAGAUGGGAAAGAAAGGCAAAUAUGUGACGAAGACACUUCAGAAACAGUAUGAUAACUUGGGAGGAUUAUUUCAAUCUAAUGCUUGGAUCCCAAAAGUGGGGCUGUGCAUGAUUUGUGGUGUCACUGGCAAACACAUUUCUUUCAAUCAUCAACUCUGUCUGAUUAGAUGAAAGAAAAGCAACAAUGGUGGAUUGACAAUUGGACCAUUCACAUGACAUGAGAUGAUAACUUGGUGCAGACACAUCAUGCAGCAAAUCUAGUGCAAGGUGGUGCUCAGACCAAUUGCAGAUAUAAUUCCUGGGGACAAGUAUCCUUCAGUGGAUAAGUUGUCUCAAACAUCCUGGAGUGCCAUUGCCAGAUCAUUCAGACAUUAUCAGUGAAGAAGCACUUGGAAGUGAUCAAUCCUUUUUUGAGUGGGACCACCCUGCCCACCUGACUUGAGAGUUCAAGAAAUCACAAUAAGACAUUGUGCCCAGUCUUUGAUCUGUUACUGUUGUUCUGGAUACUUUUUCCCCUUAUGUCAGUGAAUGAUGAUAAUGACAUACUGUUGGUAUUAGUAUUGUCAUGACUAUUUAGGAUCCAUUAUAUAGAUCUUUAAGUAAUAUUCUUAAAGAGCAAUUGAAUCUU